AUGCCUCGUUCGCUCGUCGACACGGUCUACUCGGGCACCGAGUGGUUUGCGUCCAUCGCAGCACCGCCGCUCCGAACCACGUACGACUUUCUCUUUCCGCCGCUCGACCUGCUCGAUGACACUCGCGAUGCAGCCGCCGUCGGACGCAGAGCAAGUUCAAUACCGCCCCCACCACCGACGUACGACGACGAAGUGGAGGCUUGGGAUAGCUUCUCGGACAGCCCGUGGAGCUUUGUUACGAGUCGGUAUACGAUCGCGCUGGUGGCAGUGGCGAUCGUCAACAAUAGGAUUCAGCACAUUUGUCGGCCGCGUGGAGGCGCACGUACACGACUUUCGCAGCUCCAGAGGGUGGCGCUACGAUUGCCGGGGCUUGUGCUGCUUGCGCGCGCGGUGCUGAUUUUUGCAACGGUGGUGGUGGAUGCGUUCGUGGCGCCGACCAACCCGCUCUACGCGGCGCUGCGCAAGACAACGACGCUAGGGUGGAGGGAUACGUGGCUGGCGCACAAGCCGGUGGGUGGCUGGGCGGGAGAGAGGUUCGGAAGCAGCAGUCGCGAUGCGCUGCUGCGUGCGCGAGACGCUACCGCCAUGUGGGCCGCCUUCACUUCGACGUGUGUGGCGGUGGUCAGCGAUGCGCUCAUCCGCAGCCUCGAUGCGGACCGCGACGAACCGGGCGCGUUCAACCUGGUGGGCUUUGCGUUUUUGCUGCACUUCCACUCGUUCACGCCCGACGCACCUGCGACGGAGCACGUCUACCUGUGCAUCCUGCUGCAGCUGCUCCAGCUCUGGACGAUUGCGCUCACGCGGUGUCGACGGCCCGUGUACGUGCCGCGGCUAGUCGUAUCGGGCGUGUUUGGCGUGGUGUCGCUGGUGCACUAUGUGGCGGUGGAAUACACGACGGGACAGUAUCCGUUUCUCGAGGUGCUCAGUCGCGCGCCGGAACUGGCACUCGUGUGCAUCAUCGCACUCACCGUCGGGCUGCAUGCACUCACCAUGCUGCUGCUCGAGGGCAGGGUGCAACCGCACCGCCUGCUGUUUUCAAGAUCCAACAUGCCCGCGUGGGAAGAAGACUGGUCGCUCGCACUGUUCAAGCUCGGCACGGCGUGCAUGGAGUCCACGCGGCUCACGGGCAUGGAGCGCGAGGCGGAACCGCUCGUCGUAUGGCAUGCGCCCUACCUCGAACUCGGACGCACCGGCAACAUUGAGCUCGUCGAGCCGCCCACGCGCGCCAUCACCGCAAUCGACGAGGCUGGACUGGCGAGGGAGGUCAAGGAGGUGCGCAUCGAGACGGUGCGCCAGAGCGGAUGGUCGUUCGGCCAUGCGGGGCUGGCGAGGGUGCAGGCAGCGGCGCAGUUUGGGCUCGCCACGCUGCGUGUGGUAACAACGAUCAUGAUGGCUGUGGCAAAGCGCGUGGCGAGGGCAGUGGGGGUCGAGCUGCGCGUGCCCGCCUGGGCGUUCCGUGCAGCGAGGGGCGUGAGGCUCGUCUGGCACGGUACCAAUGGAGAGGCGCGCCGACAGGCUCGGCAACAGCAGACGCAAAGACAGGUGCAACGCUUCCGACCCAUGGUGUCACCCGCCGAAGUGGUGCACGAGGAGCUGGACGAGGAAGAUACCGACUUUGCGGCGUCGGACGCCGAGACCGAGUCGAUCCACUCGGCGUCGUCGGACUCAGUAGGGGCCGACGAGAUCUCGCACCUGAUUUCCGAGCACACGUCGUCGGAGGUGGUUGCGGACAGCGAGGCGUUCAACCAGCUGCUGCUUGCGCACCUCACGCGCAGCGCAGCGCCACUCACACGCUCGCGCUACACGGCGCUUCUUCCACGCGGCGAAGACGAUGCCUUAUCAGCCGCGGUUGCCGAUCGUCGACGCUCGGGAGGGCCGGUGGCAAGGGACGAUGCACGCCGACUGUGCGUCGUGUGCUGCACGGAAGAACGCAACGUGAUCUGCUGGCCGUGUCGCUGUCUCGCACUGUGCAUGGACUGUCGCGAGCAUCUCGCCUCGCAACCGCCUGCGCGCUCACGCGGCCAACCACACACGCACCUCUGCCCCACAUGCCGCACACCCGUCCAAGCCUUCAGCCGGCUGUACAUUCCCUGA